AUGGCCUUGCAAAGGUCGACGUGCCUGGCGCGGGCUGUGCAGGGUGUCUACGGAGCUGUGCCACGACCUUCGCUCUUUCAAACCUCUACAUCACCAAUCCUCCGCACUUCAUCGCAAUACCUAAACCAGAAGAAACACCAAAAUAACUUCUCCACCUCUGCUCGACGACAUGCCGAAGAACUCGAGUUGUCUCAGGCAGCACCCGAAAUCGAUUUCAAAAAUUUCAUCAUUCGACCGGCACGUAUAGUCCCUGCCUCGCCGGCAUACUUUUCCGGAAGUCCCAAGUUUAUCGAUCAUCAGAUCAAAUUGGAACGACUGUUAGAGAAAUACGCACAAUUACCGACGGUACAGCCCGGAGAAGCACGUCGAAUGGCAUGGUUUAAACUGGCCCAAUUUCGAGACUUGCUAGGCGAACCUAUUCCCGCCAAAAAGUACAAGAACUUCCAAAAGGUUCUCCAACGGCUCAACAGAAUUCAGCCACAAUUGUUGCCUGGAGAUGUUCGACAAGCAUUGUAUAGUUAUGUUCGUCCUGGUAACCCAUAUGCCAAUAAACCCGCUCCAAAACAAGUGGAUGAAUUUGGCCGAGCGCGCGGAAAGGGUAAAAGAAAAGAAUCUUCUGCCGUGGUCUACCUUGUGGAGGGAGAGGGAGAAGUGCUUGUGAAUGACAAAAACAUUGUGGAUGCUUUCCCUCGAGUACAUGACCGAGAAAGUGCGCUGUGGGCGUUGCGCUGCACGCACAGGCUUGAUAAAUAUAAUGUCUGGGCUAAGGUGUCGGGUGGAGGAGUAACAGGACAGGCGGAAGCCAUUACAUUGGCUGUUGCACGAGCUCUGAUGGUUCAUGAGCCAGCGCUCAAACCAGUGUUACGACAAGCCGGUGUUAUCACAGUCGAUGCCCGUCGUGUUGAGAGGAAGAAGCCUGGUCAUGUCAAGGCGAGAAAGAUGCCUACCUGGGUCAAGCGAUGA